AUAUUAUGAGUGUUUUACCAACUUUUGCUUUGGAAUUGAAAUUUAGCCUGCUUGUUUUAAAUUUUAUAUACAUAUUUUUUAUGUUCUUUUAGUAUUAAAUCGCAGUAAUUGUGUUUUUACAAUACUGAACGUCUAUCAAUUUAUGAAUUUACAAAUGAAACUGUAUCUUUCCUUACAUAUUUUGUGAACAAUUUAUUUCCUGGCUCAAAAAUGAACCCAACUUGGGAAGAUCCCAUUCCUGAUGAAGAUGAGGAUGAAAGCUCUUAUGAAGGAGGCUCUGCUUAUGGUCGAGAUGCAAUUAUUUUUUUGAUUGACGCGACAUGGGAAAUGUUUGAAGAAAAUGAAGGAGAAACUCCCUUUCAAUUGAGCUUAAAGUGUGCUCGUACUACCUUAACUAACAAAAUCAUCUCUAGUCGUAAAGAUAUCAUUGGUGUUGUUUUGUUUGGAACAGAUAAAUCAAAAAACUCUAGAAACAACACAGAUUUUAAACACAUUUAUGUGUUUCAUGAUUUGACUGAACCAGGUGCUGAUAGAGUUUUGGAAACGGAAGAGUUGAUGACAAUGGAUUGUCAAAACUUCACUGAUAAAUUUGGCCAUUCCUAUGAUUUUUCUUUAGCUGAUGCAUUGUGGGUGUGUAGCAUAAUGUUUGCUAACUGUAAGUACACUUUAGCACACAGAAGAAUCCUACUUUUCACUUCUACUGAUGAUCCCCAUGGUAGCAACCCUACUCUACAACUGCAGGCUCGUACAAAAGCUAAAGAUUUACACGAGAGCAGCAUUGACAUUGACGUAAUGCAUAUCAAAAGACAAAAUACAAUCUUUGAUCCAUCAAAGUUUUACAAGGACAUAGCUUUGACUGCUGAGGAUGAAGAAUAUAAAUUUCCUGAUGCUUCUGAUAAGUUUGAUGAUUUGUUAACAAGAGUGCGAUGUAAAGAUCACAGAAAGAGGCCAAUGGGAAGCUUGCAUUUUACUCUUGGUAGUGAUGUAAAAAUCGCCUUUAAAAUGUACAAACUUGUGGCUCCUACUUCUAAAUCUGUUCCAGUAAAAUUGGCCAAAGAAACUAAUGCUGAGCUUGUCUCUGUUACAAAUACAUUCCUAGGUGAUACUGGUGAAAUUUUAUUACUAUCAGAUUUAAAGAAAUAUCAAGAAUAUGGUGGAAGGAAAAUUUACAUGUCUGAUGACGAGGUGAAGCAGAUUCGCUAUUUUGAUGAUCCAGGUCUUUUACUAAUGGGUUUUAAACCAAAUUCUUGUUUGAAGAGUCAUUAUCAUCUAAAACCCUCUGUUUUUGUGUACCCAGACGAAAAGGCCAUCGAAGGAAGUACCCGCCUAUCUCUUGCAUUGAUAAUUCAAUUGAAUAAAAGAGGUUAUGUUGCAAUUUGCAGGUUGAUUGCUCGACAAAAUGAGUCUCCCAGAUUUGUUGCCCUUUUACCUCAGGAAGAGCAAACGGAUGAUCAUGGCAAUCAGAUGGUCCCACCAGGAUUUCAUAUUGUUUACCUUCCUUUCAUGGAAGAUAUUCGUACCAUUAAAUGUGACACCAAGCACGCAGCACCUUCUGAGGGAUUAGUUGAGAAAUCUAAAGAAAUUAUUAAGAAGUUACAGUUUGCUUAUCAUCCAGAGUCUUUUGAGAAUCCAGUUCUUCAAAAGCAUUGGAGAAACAUAGAAGCACUUGCACUUAAUCGGGAUGCUCCUGAUGAAAUUAUUGAUUAUACAUUGCCCACCAAAGAUGUGAUUGAGAAAAGAGCUGGAAGACUGAUUGAAGAAUUCAAAACAUUACUUUGUCCUGGUGCUCCUGAUCCUUGUAUUUCUCAAAAAUUCGGAAUGGCUGGUCCUGCAUAUGGUGCACCUGCUUGUAAAAGGGCCAGAAUGGAUGAUGUCAUACCAAGUAACUUACAACAUGAAGCAGCUACUGGACAACUACUACGAUACACAGUGAGUGUAUUGAAGGAAUUCUGCAGGCAGAAUGGUAUACGUUGUGCAUCUAAGAAAGCUGAAAUUGUGGAGGCUAUCAAAAGAUUUUAUAUGAUUUCUAGUUCACAGUGAUUUGUUGUUUUAAUCUCACUAACAGUUUUCAACUCAGUUACUAGUUGCCAUAUGAAGAAAAAAUCAAUCAUCUCAAAUAAUAGUGAUCAAGGUGUAUAUUCAAUUGUGAUUAAACCUUUUUUUAUUGA